AGAAGACAGAGGAGAGAGAGGCGAGAAAUAGAGAGGGAGGGGAGUGCAGAUACAUUUCAGGUGGUGUCAAUUGCAGAUUAAAGAUCUGCUGAAGAUGCUACGGGCGUCAUGCGUCACUGGCCUCUAUUCAACAAGUCACAUCUCUCUCCCCACUAUCCAGCAGCUGUUAUCAGGAGCUACCUAACUUCCUACCUCCAUGCUACUCCCCCCCCCCCCCCCCAAUCCACCUCACACCCCUUUACCUCCCUUCAUCCAACCCCCCAGUCCCCCGCCCCCUCCCCUUCCUGCUUACCUUGGCUAAGCCCUCUUUGUAUGUUGAUUGUGGGCGGGCUAAUCCAGUUUGCAGCUGUCGUAGACCAAUGAUGAAUCACCUUUCCGUCAAUUGGCUGCAGUCCCUCACUCGGGGAGGAGGGAGGGAGGGGAGACCUGAACGAGGGAGGAGAGGCAACAACAGCAGUGGUGGAAGAAGAGAGAGCGAGAGAGAGAGAAUAGAAGGGCUGAGAGAGAAACUCUAUAGAGAGAGAAUGUCCUCUGUUCGUUUCCCAGUGCAGUUAGCCCUCUCUUCCCACUCUUGAGACAGAAUAACAAUAAUGUUUUCUCAGACCAGCUCUAUUGUGUCAUGGAUGGGUCUGGACAGUGACACACAGCUGAAAUAACAAGGAGGGACAUUGUUUCUGUUCAGGCAGGUGGAAAGAGAAAAAAAACAGAGAGAGGCAGCCUGGUUCAGAUGAUUCCGGGCCGCUACGUAUUUCCAGGUCUAUGGACAUGCAGGAUCUAGCCAGUCCUCACAGCCGUGAAUCCCCUAAUGGUUCGAGCCUCGACAACUCCCAUAUCAAUACCAAUUCCAUGACCCCCAAUGGCACUGAAGGUGAUAACAUCACAAUGCUCACCACAGCUGACUGGUUGUUAAGCACUAGCUCACAGUCGGCUGCAGGUCGGUGCAGUUCAGUUAAAACAGAACCAAUGAGCAGCAGUGACAUCACCACCCCAGUAGCCGACGCCUCCCUAGACAGCUUCUCAGGAUCAGUUAUUGGAACCAGUGGCUUCAGCCCAAGACAAACACACCAGUUCUCCUCGCAGAUUUACCCUUCCAACAGACCGUAUCCACAUAUUCUCCCUACUCCUUCAUCCCAAAAUAUGUCUGCGUACGGUCAGACACAGUACACCACAGGAAUGCAGCAGGCCGCAGCCUAUGCUAGCUACCCCCAGCCUGGACAACCCUACGGGAUACCUGCCUAUGGUCCAUUAUGGGCAGGCAUAAAGACAGAGGGGGGACUGAGCCAAUCCCAAUCCCCAGGACAGACAGGCUUCCUCAGCUACAGCUCAGGAUUCACCACCCCUCAGACGGGCCAGGCUCCAUACAGCUAUCAGAUGCCAGGUGGCACGUUCACAACCACGUCAGGACUGUACGCAGGAAGCAACUCCCUCACGAACUCAACCGGCUUCAACAGUACACAGCAGGACUACCCGAGCUACCCAGCGUUCGGCCAGGGCCAGUACGCCCAGUAUUACAACAGUUCUCCCUACACCUCCCCCUAUAUGACCAGCAACAACACCAGUCCCACCACCCCCUCCACCACAGCCACCUACACCCUCCAGGAGCCCCCCAGCGCCCUGACCAGCCAGGCCCUCACGGACCCCCCAGCAGGUAGGCCCCAGGCCCCCCAGGCCACCCACCCUCCAUCCCCAGGAUCAGACGGCUCUGGAGGGGGUGGCUAUGAUGCCAGGGCCACUCAUUAUGUCGAGUACAGUACCAUCCACAGUCCUUCAACGCCCAUUAAAGAUUCAGAAUCGGAUCGAUUGCGGCGUGCCUCGGAUGGAAAGUCACGUGGCCGAGGGAGAAGGAACAACAACCCUUCACCACCGCCUGAUUCUGACCUUGAGAGAGUGUUCAUCUGGGACCUGGAUGAGACCAUCAUCGUUUUCCAUUCCUUGCUGACAGGGUCUUACGCUAACAGAUACGGCCGGGAUCCCCCGACGUCGGUGUCACUGGGACUGAGGAUGGAGGAGAUGAUCUUUAACUUGGCAGACUCUCAUUUAUUCUUCAACGACUUGGAGGAGUGUGACCAGGUUCACAUCGAUGACGUCUCAUCUGAUGACAACGGGCAGGAUCUGAGUACAUAUAACUUUGGUUCAGAUGGGUUCCACGCGGCAGCGACCAGUGCCAACCUGUGCCUGGCCACGGGCGUGAGAGGAGGAGUGGACUGGAUGAGAAAACUGGCCUUCCGCUACAGACGAGUAAAAGAAAUCUACACCACCUACAAAAAUAAUGUUGGAGGUCUGCUGGGCCCAGCCAAACGAGAAGCCUGGUUACAAUUGAGAGCAGAAAUUGAAGCUUUGACUGACUCCUGGUUAACACUGGCACUGAAAGCACUCACAUUAAUCCACUCAAGGUCAAACUGUGUGAAUAUCCUGGUGACCACCACCCAGCUCAUACCUGCCCUGGCUAAAGUCCUGCUGUACGGACUGGGGAUAGUGUUUCCUAUUGACAAUAUUUAUAGUGCUACCAAAAUAGGGAAGGAGAGCUGUUUUGAGAGGGUAAUUCAGAGAUUCGGGAGGAAAGUUGUUUACGUUGUCGUGGGUGACGGAGUGGAAGAGGAGCAAGGCUCAAAAAAGCACAACAUGCCGUUCUGGAGAAUCUCCAGCCACUCUGACCUCAUGGCCCUCCACCAUGCUCUGGACCUAGAGUACUUGUAGCUAUCACCUGGCACUACACCGCCCAGCCCCGAAACUGGCCCCUACCGGCCCCUACAAAUACUGGCCCCUACCGGUCUCUACAUCAACCUGCUGGCCCCUACAUCAACCUGCUGGCCCCUAACGGCCCCUACAUCAACCUACUGGCCCCAACAUCAACCUGCUGGCCUCUACCGGUCUCUACAUCAACCUACUGGCCCCUACAUCAACCUACUGGCCCCUACAUCAACCUACUGGCCCCUACCAGUCUCUACAUCAACUUGCUGGCCCCUACCGGUACCUACAUCAACCUGCUGGCCCCUACCGGUCUCUACAUCAACCUAAUGGUCUCUACAUCAACCUGCUGGCCCCUACCGGUCUCUACAUCAACCUGCUGGCCCCUACAUCAACCCACUGGCCCCUACAUCAACCUACUGGUCCCUACCGUUCUCUACAUCACCUACUGGCCCCUACAUCAACCUACUGGCCCCUAACGGUCUCUACAUCAACCUGCUGGCCCCUACCAGUCCCUACAUAAACCUGCUGGCCCCUACCAGUCUCUACAUGAACAUACUGGCCCUUACCGGUCUAUACAUCAACCUGCUGGCCCCUACCGGUCUCUACAUCAACCUGCUGGCCCCUACCAGUCCCUACUUCAAUCUACUGGCCCCUACAUCAACUUACCGGCCCCUACAUCAACCUACUGGCCCCUACCGGUCUAUACAUCAACCUGUUGGCCCGACCGGUCUCUACAUCAACCUGCUGGCCCCUACCAGUCCCUACAUCAAUCUACUGGCCCCUACAUCAACCUACUGGCCCCUACCGGUCUCCACAUCAACCUGCUGGCCCCUACCGGUCUCUACAUCAACCUACUGGUCCCUACAUCAACCUGCUGGCCCCUACCGGUCCUUAUAUCAACCUGCUGGCCCCUACCGGUCCUUAUAUCAACCUGCUGGCCCCUACCGGUCUCUACAUAAACCUGCUGGCCCCUACUGGUCUCUACAUCAACCUGCUGGUCCCUACCGGUCUCUACAUCAAUCUACUGGCCCCUACAUCAACCUACCGACCCCUACAUUAACCUGCUGGCCCCUACCGGCCCCUACAUUAACCUGCUGGCCCCUACCGGCCCCUACAUCAACCUGCUGGCCCCUACCGGUCUCUACAUCAACCUACUGGCCCCUUCCGGCCCCUACACCUACUGGCCCCUACCGGUCUCUACAUCAACCUACUGGCCCCUACCAGCCCCUACAACUACUGGCCCCUACCGGUCCCUACACAACUACCACCUACCUACUCUACACAGCUACCACCUACCUACCCUACACAGCUGCCACCUACCUGCUCUACACAGCUACCACCUCCACCUACCCACUCUACACAGCUACCACCUCCACCUACCCACUCUACACAGCUACCACCUCCACCUACCUACUCUACACAGCUACCACCUCCACCUACCUGCUCUACACAGCUACCACCUCCACCUACCUACUCUACACAGCUACCACCUCCACCUACCUACUCUACACAGCUACCACCUCCACCUACCUACUCUACACAGCUACCACCUACC